AUGAUAGCCGGGCGUGGGCAGAAGCGCAAAGUGGAGGUCUUCACGAAGAGCGCAGCGCAGGCUGCGAAUACACGGAUGCGCGGAGCUGGCCGGGUGCCCGAGCGGGAAGUUUUGGUGAAGGAUCGGGAGCCGUCACCCCGAAGGGGGCGAGAUCCGCAAAGUGGUGUCCGGGCGGAGUUGAGGGCUCUUUUGUCGUCGCACAAGAAACGGAGGAUGAAAGCAAACCAGAGGCGAAAGAAGUUCGAGACAAGAUUGAGAGUGACAAGGGGAGAACGCGGCAUCCUGGAGCAGGCGAGCGUGAGAGAGCCUCAGCGCAAAGACUACUUGAACAAGUUGGAGGGUUUCUACAGCUUCGUGGUGUACAACGAGCUCGAGAUCCACAACGAGCAAAAGCUAGACGAAGCGCUGUGCGACUACGGCGACCACCUCUACCUCGACGGCUAUGGCAGCAAUUACGGGGAGAAGCUCAUGGCGGCGCUGGAGUUCGAGAGGCCGGAGUUUGCCAGGAGUGGCGUUCUGGCGGUCCCACGCUUCAAGCGGACGCUGAAGGGUUGGAGACGCCUAGCCCCCACGCAGACGAGGAUGCCCAUGCUGGAGUUCUUGAAGAGCGCAAUCAGCGGAGUUAUGCUACGAAUGAACCUGCAGUCGAUGGCCCUCUACAACGAAGCGACGUUCUCAACGUAUGCGAGGCCAGGCGAGAUGCUGAGGGUGCGUGCCAUGGACGUGGUCAUGCCGAAUCGGGAGUUCGACCAGGCCGUGAUAGUGUUGGGACCACUCGAACGUGGCGAGAGCUCCAAAACAGGGGUCUACGACGAGGUUCUGAUUCUGGACGACAAGCGCGCCUCCUACCUGCCGGAGUUGCUCCACGACUUGGCUCAGGCACAGAUGCGGAAGCAUGGGGCCGAUGCGCCGCUGUGGGAUUUCGGGCCAAAGGAGUACUUGAAGGCAUGGAGGAGUUGUGUUCAAGCACUUGGCAUCGAUGGGCUUGCAACGAGCCCGUACCAGAACAGGCAUGGAGGUGCCAGCCGCGACAGUUUGCAGAGACUGAGAAGCGUGGCCGAGAUCAAACGCCGAGGGAGGUGGGCUUCCGAAAGCAGUGCCCGCAUCUACGACAAGCCGGGCAGGAUGCAACAGCUGAUCAAUCAGUACGAGGGGAAGCUUCGUCAAUUUGGCGACCAAGUCCUUCGGUUGUGCUUCCUCGUUGGGUGA